GUGGAGGUCAGUUUGGUUGAGAUUGGAAAUUGCUGGCUCAGUCGAGUACGAAUAUUUGGUCCAAUUGGUCGCCAAUCUCAGAUAUUUUUUAUUGCGCACUCAUUGUUGUGCAUGGUUUAUUGACUCGUUCUCUAAAGUCGCAUCCAUUUUGCGAUGUGGGCGUUGAAAGGUUUAUUAACGUUGUCACUUUGUGUGGCCAUUUGUCAGGGGUGGCGAUGGCCCUGGAAGACGGAUGCUACAAGUCCGCCGCCUACUCAAGAGGUUAUUUCAGAGAGGACGGAAAACUUGCACCCUCUCUCCGACGCCACGAUUCGGCAUAUCAAUGACAAUUUGAAGCCACAUUGGCAGGCAGGGCGAAACUUUCAUCCAGAGACAGACAUGAAUUACUUGAAGGGUAUGAUGGGGGCAUUGAAGGAACCCAAGAAAUUGCGCCUGCCCCUUCAAGUGCACAACACUUCCGGCCUCCUAAUUCCGGACCAGUUUGACGGGAGGGAAAAGUGGCCCUUCUGCCCAUCGCUGAACGAGAUUCGAGACCAAGGCGGCUGUGGCUCAUGCUGGGCCUUUGCAGCCACGGAGGCCAUGACGGAUCGGCUGUGCAUAGCCACGAAGGGAAAAACGAGCAAGUUUCGAUUUUCUGCCGAGAAUCUGGUUUCCUGCUGUGGAAUUUUGUCUCUGUGUGGUUUCGGGUGCAAUGGGGGGUUUCCCAGUAGUGCGUGGAGGUACUGGGUCUCUCACGGCAUCGUCAGCGGAGGCCCCUACAACUCGGGCUCCGGAUGCCAGCCUUAUGAGAUUGCGCCCUGUGAACACCACGUUCCUGGCUCCAGGCCCAACUGCACGAACGGGAAGACCCCAAAGUGCGUGAAGCAGUGCGAGGCGUCGUACAGCACUCCCUACAAGGAAGACCUCCACUUUGGCUCCAGCUCCUACAGCAUUUCCAGCAACAUGGAACAAAUCCAGACGGAAAUUAUGAAGAAUGGGCCGGUGGAAGCAGCCAUGAUGGUUUACGACGACUUCCUCCUCUACAAAUCAGGCGUCUACCAUCAUGUUCACGGGUUGCGAUUGGGUGGUCAUGCAGUGAAGGUGUUGGGCUGGGGGACGGAGGACGGGGUGGCGUACUGGUUGGUGGCCAACUCUUGGAAUUACGAUUGGGGAGACGGUGGCUUCUUCAAAAUUUUGAGGGGCAAGAACGAAGGAGGGAUCGAAAGUGGGAUCGUUGCAGGGCUGGCAAAUGCAAAAUGAUAACCUGAUAAUGAUGAGGCCGCUGGACGUGAACUAAAUUAUCUCCUCCAAGAUCUUACUAUGGACUUAUUGCUAUGAUAUGAACUUAUCUUAUUGUUAUUGUCGCUCGUAAUAAAGUUGGCACUUUCUCAACA